AUGCAAAAUCCAGCAGCCUCAUCAUUGCCUCGCCAAACCACUUUGCUCAUCCCAAGUCUUCAUUGCCCUUCCUGCGCCUCCUUCGUCGAAGCCUUCCUCUUCUGCCUUCGUCCCAAACCCAUUUCCGUCUCGACUUCGAUCCUCUCCCACACCGUGACUGUCAAGCACGAUGCUUUGCUGGCUGUGUCUACGAUAGCCAAAGCGCUCGACGAGGCCGGCUACGACGUACACGCCGUCAUCCCGGACCCUGCAUCGGGCGAUGCAUCUACGCAGACCGACUCCCGCAACGCACCCGGCCAUGGCGUCCGGCUGGAAUGGCUUCAACGAGCUGUUCAAAAGUGGGAUCCGAGCAAGAGGGAUACAGCCGACGAAGAAACGAGGAGAAUGCGGCAUAUAGAACACUGUGACCAGUGUCGCGCUCAAGGGCGGGAAGACGCCAUGCCGUCCCUUCGGACCAUCAUCACCGAGAAAGGGUCUCAAGUUGCAAGCAACGAUCCGUCACAGGACGUCGGCAGCCCGUUCGUCGUUGUCCAUUCGACCACGACGCCCACCAAAGUCUUCCAAGCGUCCCUCUCCAUUUCCGGAAUGAGCUGUAGCUCCUGCGUCGGCAAGAUCACUAGGUCCCUCGAGGAGCAGCCUUGGGUGAGAUCUGCCAACGUCGCCCUCCUCACGCAAAAUGCCUCGGUGCAGUUUGAUGGAGUGGAGCACGCCGAAGAGCUGGUCAAGAUCAUCGACGGCGUUGGCUUCAGCUUGGUGCGCAGCAUCUCCACCUGUCUUUCAGCCUGA